GGGAAAUGAGCCAAAAGAGUUCCAUCCCACUCAGGAACUAAUGAGGUCCAACAUUGAAGAGACUUUUACUUGCUUUGAAUGUCACAAUUGUUGAUUUCGGUACAUUUAGUCGUCAUGGCAAACCUAUUUUUUUUGUAUCUUUUCCCCGGACUUCUCCUGCCCCUGACCGGCGGCCAACAGCCUCCGCGCGCCGGGCCCUGGCGGCACCGCAUCCAGUGGGAGAACAACGGCCGGAUCCACAGCCUGGUCAGCACCGGCGCAGAGUUCAAGGCUCCCGCCAGGUCCAGUAGCCAAUCGACGGUCUACGUCAGCACCCGGGACCGCACGGCGGCCUCAGAGUCCGCGUCACCCGACCACGCGUCACCCAGCCGGGCGCGCACCCGCGUCCGCCGCCCCAGGCCGGACCUCACCGGCAGCGUCAGCGCAUGGACCGACGGUCUCACCGUGGACGGCUCGGUGCCGCACACCAGCCGGGAGGAGGAACCGGGUCCGCUGGCGCCGUUCCAGUCCUUACGUGCGGACGUGGGACCCGGACCCAGCUGGCUUUACGCACCCAGGACGCAGAGCUCCAUCCUGGCUCAUCCUGCGCCCUUCCAGCAACCUGGAGAAGACGCCUUUUCUCUGGAGAGUAUGUUUAACGACGAUUCUCGGAACCACAACUUCCCCGGGAAUUCCGUCUUCUACAAUAUUUAUCCACCCAGCAGGGGACGAUCGGGGACGCACACGCGGCGGCCUCCUGACGCAGGACACGGGACCACAUACUUCCAGAAUGGACUGCCUGACCUGCUGCCAGAUCCCUACGCCAUCCAAGCAGGUGCUUACGUGCAGCGCAUGCAGAUGUUUGCCUUACGCUGUGCAGCAGAGGAGAACUGUUUGGCCAGGUCGGCUUAUGCCCCCUCAAUGCGAGACAUCGACUUCCGGGUCCUACUACGCUUCCCGCAGAAAGUGAAGAACCAAGGCACCGCCGACUUCCUCCCCGUGAAACCAAGGCACCAGUGGGACUGGCACAGCUGCCACCAGCACUACCACAGCAUGGAGGCCUUCAGCAACUACGACCUGCUGGACGCCGCCACGGGACGUAAAGUCGCAGAGGGACACAAGGCCAGUUUUUGUCUGGAGGACACGGGCUGCGACCCCGGGAUCAGGCGGCGCUACGCCUGCACAGCUCAUAAACAGGGACUGAGCCCAGGGUGUCACGACCUCUACGCCGCCAACAUCGACUGUCAGUGGAUCGACAUCACGGACGUAGCGCCAGGCAACUACAACUUGAAGGUGACCGUCAACCCCGACUUCCACGUGCUGGAGUCGGACUUCACCAACAACGUUGUGAGGUGUGAGAUCACGUACACGGGAAUCUACGUUCAGACGCGCAACUGUCGAGUAACAAGCGGGUGAAAUCUCCCAGGAUUUUCCAGAGUCAACUUUUGACUGGCCGGUCAAUUUGAGUUGAAUUCCAGCUAAAGAGGUUGCAUUUACACAAUUUGUAUUAGGGGUGUAUGUAGUGUAUGUACUUUGUAUUUAAUGUUCCAUAAGAUAUUUUGUUUCUAUUAUGGUGCUAUGUUUAGUUGAUAAUAUUUUAAAAUUGUGGGAUGUUUGGUUGUUUUCGAAAAAUGUCACCCGAUGUCACGGCAGUAGAGAUGUCCGAUAGUGGCUUUUUUGCCGAUAUUCCGAUAUUGUCCAACUCCAAAUUACCGAUUCCGUUAUCAACCGAUACCGAUACAUACAGUCAUGGAAUUAACACAUUAUUAUGCCUAAUUUUGUUGUGAUGCCCCGCUUGAUGCAUUAAACAAUGUAACAAGGUUUUCCAAAAUAAAUCAACUCAAGUUAUUAUUAUUGAAGUCAAAAUAACAGCUACAAAAACAAUGAAGGCACACAGCUUCAGUCCAGAGUAUACUAGAGUCAUAAAGUAAACAAUAACAUAGUCCUCCUUUAGUGCACACUUUAUUGACAGGUUCAAACAUUGAGGACAUCUUUUAACCAGACAAGAAGCAAGAAACCAAGCAGAGACAGAGUUAAAUUUAGCUCAUGAGGAGAACGCAUGGCGCUGCACACUUAGUCACAGUCUCGCCCUACGCUGAUGACAUCUAUUAAACAGACAAGAAACAAGGAACCAAGCAGAGACAGAGUUCAAUUUAGCUCAUGAGGAGAACGCAUGGGCCUGGACACUUAGUCACAGUCUCACCCUAUGCUGAUGACAUCUAUUAAACAGACAAGAAGCAAGGAAUCAUGCGGAGACAAAGUUCAAUUUAGUUCACGAGGAGAACGCAUGGAUUUGCACACUUAGUCUCAGUCUCACUCUAUGCUGAUGACAUCUAUUAACAGACAAGAAGCAAAGGUGAAAAGCCAGUCCGUGAAAAUAAUGCAUACAUUAAACUGGUCCCUCGUGGAAAAAAGGUUGGGGACCUCUGUUUUAGGAAACAUCCGAGGCAUCUUGAAUGGACUUCUGUUAGGUUCAAACACUGAUGACAUCUAUUAAACAGACAAGAAGCAAGGAACCAUGCAGAGACAGAGUUCAAUUUAGCUCAUGAGGAGAACGCAUAGAGGUGCACACUUAGUCACAGUCUCGCCCUACGCUGAUGACAUCUAUUAAACAGACAAGAAGCACCAAAGACAGAGUUUAAUUUAACUCAUGAGAAGAACGCAUGGAUCUGCACACUUAGUCUCAGUCUCACUCUAUGCUGAUGACAUCUAUUAACAGACAAGAAGCAAAGGUGAAAAGCCGGUCCGUGAAAAUAAUGCAUACAUUAAACCGGUCCCUCGUGGAAAAAAGGUUGGGGACCCCUGUUUUAGGAAACAUCCAAGGCAUUUUGAAUGGACCUAUGUUAGGUUCAAACACUGAUGACAUCUAUUAAACAGACAAAAAGUAAGAAACCAAGCAGAGACAGAGUUCAAUUUAGCUCAUGAGGAGAAUGCAUGGAGGUUCACACUUAGUCUCAGUCUCGCCCUACGCUGAUGACAUCUAUUAAUCAGACAAGAAGCAAGGAAUCAUGCAGAAACAGAGUUCAAUUUAGCUCAUGAGGAGAACACAUGGAGCUGCACACUUAGUCACAGUCUCCCCCUAUGUUGAUGACAUCUAUUAAACAGACAAGAAGCAAGGAAUCAUGCGGAGACAAAGUUCAAUUUAGUUCAUGAGGAGAACGCAUAAAUCUGCACACUUAGUCUCAGUCUCACUCUAUGCUGAUGACAUCUAUUAACAGACAAGAAGCAAACGUGAAAAGCCGGUCCGUGAAAAUAAUGCAUACAUUAAAUCGGUCCCUCCUGGAAAAAAGGUUGGGGACCCCUGUUUUAGGAAACAUCCAAGGCAUCUUGAAUGGACCUCUGUUAGGUUCAAACACUAAUGGCAUCUAUUCAUGCAGACAAGAAGCAAGGAACCAUGCAGAGACAGAGUUCAAUUUAGCUCAUGAGGAGAACGCAUGGAUCUGCACACUUAGUCACAGUCUCGCCCUACGCUCUAAGGAUCAGCCCCCGCAUCCCUCUAUUUAUUCAGUAGUUCCAUAGUCAACAUCACUGAGGCCGCCUCUAAAAAGAGUGGUCACAUAUAUUAUGCAAAGCAGGUCCAGUACGCACAAUAUGCGACGGAAUGUGCUGGGCCUUGUGAUUGCCUUGUUUCUGCUUCGUCUGCUUGCUGUCAUCUUAUCUUGAUUGAGGUCCUUGAAGUCCUUGGCUGUUAGCGGGCUAAAACAAAGAUAACAGAAGUUUUGUCCUUGCACAGAUAGAAAAAAUGCAGCUUGAGCACAAUGACUAAUAACUAUAGCAACGGACUUCAAGCAUACUAAAGUUGUGUGAUAAUUUAUAUACAUGAUUAUUCUAACACUGGCAUACUGUAUAGGAGAAAAUUAUAAACCGGGCUCAAUCUGCCUUGCUCGAACAUUUUUGUAUGAGUAACACAAAUGUGCUGCAAGCUAGUGGUGAGUGCUUGAAGCGGCCUAGCAGUCAGCCAGAGCUUCUGAAAUGCUGCGUUGAGACAGGGCAGCUCCGUUCACUGCAAGCUGCAAAAUGUGCGCCAUGCAGGGCAGACUAGCCACACCAAACUCUACCAUAGAAUAGAAUAGAAUAGAGUUUUUAUUGUCAUUAUUGCAAUGAACAGGUUCAAAGAACAACAUAGCUUUUGCCAUACUGCGUGCGUUGUCCCUGACCACAACGUAGGCUUUCGACCUGGGGUGUUUUUUUUGUUGUAUUUUAGUUUUUUCUCGGCGGAGUCUUUAAGCGACAACUGUGUGGUACUACUUUUUUUUUCACUGUUUGAUUUUCAUCCAUCUUCCGCUUGUAUUCAUCAUGUAUCUCCUUAUGAUUCUUGAAGUGAUGUGAGAUCAAAUUGCUCGUAUUAAAGGAAGACGUCUUGGUUCCUCCUCGCAUUACCAACUUUUUGCAGUCGUUGCAAAUUGCCAGUUUUUUUUAUCCGUCCGAAAACACUUUAAAAAAAAUCUCAAACCAUGUUGUUAGUCAGUCACUGAGCGAGCUGGCUUGUCAGCCACGGCUACAGCACCGGCAACAACACACUCUUGUUGUCGUUAUGAUCCGCUUGCGUUUGAAACCGAUACCGAUAAUUUCCGAUAUUACAAUUUAAAAUAUUUAUCGGCCGAUAAUAUCGGCAGUUCGAUAUUAUUGGACAUCUCUACAUAGCAAGCUUGUGAUACAAAUAGAGCCCUGUGGAAAAUGACUACAUACACAGUAGAUUUAACCAAUUGUUUGUUUUGGUUUUGUUAAUAGAAUUAGCUGUCAAUUGGAAAAAUGAGAAUGUGCAAUAACAAUGAAAAGUUUACUUUCACAUGUUAAAAAAUGUGCUCGAACACGAUUGUUGAAAAUGACACUGUAUGUCAGAUUGAAUGCAAUAAAUACUGAUGAGUCAGUA